AUACUUGGGCGUGUCCCUCAAAAAAGUGUCAAUUCUAAAAUUUUUUUCUCGUUUUCUGUUUCUCGCAUUUCUUUAGGGAUUCCGGAUUUUUUUAGAAGAUCUAGCGGUUUUAAAAAAUUUGUCGGGAUUCAUAUUUAUCUUUAAACUAUUAAUUAUUUGUUUAGAUUCUGUUUAACGUUUAGAAAAACAAAAAAUGCCUCAACGUUUAACUUAUCGUCGAAGAUUAUGUUACAAUACAAAAUCUAACAAAACAAAAGUUGUCAAAACUCCUGGUGGCCGCAAUGUUCUUCAUUAUCGCAAAAAGAAAGGAUCAAUUCCCAAAUGUGGUGAUACUGGCGUUCCACUUAAAGGAAUUAAAGCUGCUCGUCCUCGUCAACUUUCUAAGAUGACUAAACGACUUAAAACUGUGACCCGUGCAUACGGAGGUUGUUUGAGCGCUGCUGCCGUUCGCCAGCGAAUUAUCCGGGCAUUUUUGGUUAUUUUUAAUUAA